CGUAUGUGUCCAAUGAUAUGGAUGGGGAGGCGGAACCUGGCGUUUGCCGUUGGUUUGAAUCGCGGAGGCCAGCGGCGUGACAGUGUCAAGUGUGAGAGCAAACGGUAAUCCUCCGUAACUCACCGAUUGCUCCCGAUCCCCGGACACCAGUACACCGAAAACAAAGCGCCAUGUCUCCGACCGGCGAGUCUCUGAUCGGCGUUACCGGCAGAGGAGACCCCGUGGGCCCUAAUCACCUCCGCUGGAACCUGAGCAAACAGCAAAUCGAGCAGGAGGUUCAGGCCCUGAUCCGCCGGACCAAGCAAGUGUACGACCGAGUCGGCUCGCUGGAUCUGGCCGAGGUGGAGUACGACAACACGCUGAAGGAGCUGGCGGACAUCGAGGUCGAAUAUACGGUGCAACGGAAUAUUCUAGAUUUCCCUCAGCAUGUCUCUCCUUGCAAAGAAGUUCGGGCUGCAAGCACUGAGGCGGACAAACAGCUGUCAGAGUUUGACGUGGAGAUGAGUAUGAGAGAAGAUGUUUACAAGAGGAUCGUUGCUCUUCAGGAGAAGCAUCAGGCUGAAGAUCUACAACCAGAGGCCAGACGCUACAUGGAAAGAUUAUUGAAACUAGGAAAGAGAAAUGGACUCCACCUGUGUAAAGAUAAGCAAGAUGAGAUCAAAGACAUCAAGAAGAGAAUCAGCACCUUGUGUAUUGAUUUCAGCAAGAACCUGAAUGAGAAUACAACCUUCUUGGAGUUCACACAGGAUGAAUUGGGCGGCCUACCUGACGACUUUAUCAAUAGCCUGGAGAAAACAGACAAUGGGAAGCUAAAGGUGACUCUGAAGUAUCCCCACUAUUUUCCCUUGAUGAAGAAAUGUCAUGUCCUAGAAACCAGGAAGAUGAUGGAGCAUGCCUUUAAUUCCCGCUGUAUGGAGGACAAUUCAAAAAUCCUUAAGGAACUGGUGGAACUUCGUACGAAGAAGUCUGGUCUUCUGGAUUUUAAGACCCACUCGGAUUUUGUACUCGAAAUGAACAUGGCUAAGAAUAGCAAAAAUGUCAAUGUCUUUCUGGAUGAAUUAGCACAGAAGUUGAAACCACUUGGCGAUGCGGAGAGGGCAGUGAUAUUAGAGCUGAAAAAAGAAGAGUGUCAGAAGCGGGGGCUGGAUUUUGAUAAUGUUAUAAAUGCCUGGGAUCUGCGCUACUACAUGAACCAGGUGGAGGAGUUAAAAUACUCGGUGGAUCAGAAUCUUCUGAAGGAAUAUUUUCCGAUGGAUGUUGUAACUUCUGGCCUGCUAGGAAUCUACCAGGAACUUCUGGGAUUAACAUUUCAACUAAUUGAGAACGUGCCUGUGUGGCAUGAGGAUGUAAAACUGUAUUCCGUGAAAGACACAGCAACUGGAGAGUUGAUGGGACAGUUCUAUUUAGAUUUAUAUCCAAGGGAGGGGAAGUAUGGACAUGCUGCUUGUUUUGGCCUUCAGCCAGGAUGUUUGCUACCUAAUGGCACUAGGCAGAUUACAGUGGCUGCUAUGGUUGCAAAUUUUACCAAGCCAACUCCCAGUGCUCCAUCAUUACUUCAACAUGAUGAGGUUGAAACCUAUUUCCAUGAGUUUGGUCAUGUGAUGCAUCAGAUCUGCUCCCAAGCUGAGUUUGCCAUGUUCAGUGGAACGCAUGUUGAGCGAGAUUUUGUGGAGGCUCCAUCUCAGAUGUUGGAGAACUGGGUUUGGGAGAAGGAACCAUUACUCCAAAUGUCUAAGCACUACAAAGAUGGGAACACGAUUCCACAAGAUCUGCUGGACAAACUCCUUAAAUCUAGACUAGCUAACACAGGGCUCUUUAAUUUGCGACAGAUAGUUUUGGCAAAGGUUGACCAGUCACUGCACACAUGCAUGAAUGUGGAUGCCAAGGAAGAGUACACUAGGUUAUGUAAAGAGAUAAUGGGAGUUCCAGCAUCACCAGGAACUAAUAUGCCAGCCACUUUUGGGCACCUGGCUGGAGGAUAUGAUGCCCAGUACUAUGGUUAUCUCUGGAGCGAGGUUUAUUCGAUGGACAUGUUCUACACCCGAUUUCGCCAAGAAGGGGUCAUGAGUUCAAAGGUUGGUUUAGAUUACCGGAACUUUAUUCUUAAACCAGGUGGUUCUUUGGAUGCUGAAGAGAUGCUGAAAAGUUUCUUGGGGCGUGAGCCAAAGCAAGAUGCCUUCCUUCUGAGCAAAGGGUUGAGUGUGGAUCAGGACAAAUGCUCUGCUCCUUCCGCCUGUUGAAAUUUGUUUAUUUCACUGUGCAUCGUAUGAAUGCAGCUGUCUUUCUACUGUGGCACAGGAAUUUCUCCUUUUAUCACCUGUGGACUGGUUUCCAAAAGAAUUAUUUCCAAAUUUUAAUUUAUUCAACAACUGAAACAGAUUAAUAGUUUAACCAGAGCUCUCUCACUGUUGCAGAAACCUUGCUUAAAUCCAACAAAAGGAUAAAUUCAGAUGAAAUUUUAAAAGUUGUAAUCUGUGGAUAAUUGUAGAGGAUUGAAGGUCUGAGAACCAGGCUCUUUUCACACAAGUAGACCAUUUACUGUAACUGCUGGAGUUGAAGUAUUUCCUUUUGCUGAAUAUCUGUGUGAGAGAAUAUUGCAUGUGGACAUAGUUAGCCUUGUGAUGCCUUCUAGAAUGGUAAUAUCUAAAUUUAAGUAGCCUUGCAUCACUUGUUAAGCAAAAGACAAUAAAGUUCCUCUCGUAAGGGAAAUUUCAAUAUUUAAAAGAGAUAACUGAAACAUUGUCAUUAAUAAAUAUUUACCUUCACAAAACUUUACAAAGAUAGAACCAUAUGACCUGUGAUGUGAACAAAUUAAUGGGCUAAUAUUGGAAUGUGAAUUUAUCAUCACUAAGACUAACUAAAGAGGGAAAAACUCCUUGUUUACUAGACUAUUCUCUAAGUGUUGGUCCAUGGUUUAAAAUGUUGCAGUGAAUGUUCAUAGAAUGUGAUUUUAAUUAUGACCCUGACAGUUUGAAAUUAUGUUUUGUCCCAUGUGACACAUGGCCACAUAAACCAGGAACAUGCCCAGUCUCUGUCAGAGAGCUGAUCACAACUGGAAACAUUGCAUUUAACUUUCAUUCCUGGUUUUGAAGGAGUUAUUCAAUAAUCUUAUUGGAAAAUCUGAUGCUGAGUGAUGGGAGGAAAGCUUCUGCCACCUGUGGAAUUGCAUCUGAGCACGAAAUUAAAGAAAGCAAAUAGUGAAGAAACAAAACUUUGGUUUAGUAUGCAGUAUAUUCCUUUAUUAUUUUGGUCCCAGUACAGUUGUUGGUAAUAUGGGUGUGGACGAGCUAAUUAUUUGUGAUGUGGGUUUGCAAUGUUUAUACUUUGAGCAUUUGUCAGGCUAAUUUUUAUAGGAAAGUUUAUUUGUAUAAUCAGAAGUAAUGGAAUGCUGUUUUGGGAGAAUAUUCCCUCACUUUCUGCCCAAGUUUGCCAUCUUAAGUAGUGGUUUUUUUUUGGGGGGGGGAGCAUAACUUGUAAAUGUUCCAGCAUAGUGUGUGCAAUUUAAUGGCCUCCCCUGUGGUGACUUCGGUUGGGGUAUUUGAUCAGGCAGGAGUGUGGUGGGUGGUGGGUGGUGAUUCCCUUAAUGUUCCACCUCCACCCUCAUUUAAUUACGUGGUGUGAAGGUCUGUAAACUGCCUUCUCAUCACCAAUUAAGAUCCUUAACUGAGUAAUAGGUGAUAAUUUUAAAGGCCUCAUCCCUGCUGCAGCUUAUGUUAACACAGUGGCAGGUGUGGGAGCUUGCCAAGCAGGGUGCACAAGCUUACCCAUGUGAGGUUGCUUAUAGCCUCCUUCAUACAUUCAACGAUACUCAGCGUGAUUAAGAGACCCAACUUUAGGAGGUGUCGAUUGUGGGAAAAGCUGAAAACCAGCUGUCUGCCCCUCUCAAGGUCUCAGGUGAGUGUAAUACCAGCAGCAGUCAUUACUAUUUCCCUUUAAAUGAACUGCCGGACUCUGAUUAUCUGGUGACUCUGAGAGUGACCUCUGUUCAGGGAUUAAAGGAUUUGGCAGAAGGUCUGCCACUGUCCAAUUCAAUCCUCAAGUGCUGUCAAUCAACAGACUUUCCCUUAGUGAGGCAAUUUAAGUCUCUUGGCAUCCUCCAGUAGGUAAGCAGGACCUCUUAUCACAUCCACUAAAUACUGUCCACUGUGUUAUAAGAUGAUGAGUUAAAUAUUCGAGACCAUACAUCCUCACCUGAUGAGUCCCUGAUUUCAGAUUGGUCAGCUGCUGAAUGUAUUUCCUCUAAGCAUGUGUGCAUUGGAAUAACCUAAAUCCCCUUGGUAUUUUCUCACUAGGAAGUAGCAUUAAAUGCUAGCUGGAACUAUAUUGAACAGUUAAAUACACUGCAAAUUAAACCCUAGAGCAUAAACGGAGCAGCUGGGGCCCAAAUGAAGAGGGGUGUAUAUGGUCUUCUGUAGUAUAAUGAGUGCCACUGACUGCAUUAUGAGGCAAUGUGAUCAUUUUGGAGAAGUUUUCCCAUGCAAAUAGUAUGUAUAAUCUACAGUUAGUAAAAACAAGUGUUUAUACUUUGGUAAUCACUGUAAUUUUGCCAUCUUUUCAGGCAGGCAGAUGCUACUUGACUUCAGUGAACAAUGUCCGUGUAGUAAGUUAAUGAUGGGAUUUUACAAUAUGUGGCAUCAAGUCAUUCCUCCUGUGUAUUUUAAAAAAUUACACAGGUACAGUGACUUAAUUUUUUUUGUCACAGAUCAAAAUCUCUGUCUUUGUGAUUUCUGUAUUCUCAGUGGGACUUUAGGUCAGAAACAUUAUUUUUUUCCAAUCACGAGACAAGAUCGAUGAUGUGGCUUCAGUCCUCCCCCAACACCCAAACACACUUCUUGCCCAAUAUUCAACUCUACACUGUUACAUUGUCCUCUGACACCCUGGUGUUUUUGGUAUAUUCCUAGUUACGUGCUUGCAUAACUAUUAGUAAGAAAACAGUUGGGGGAGUAUACUAGG